CAGAUCUCAAUGAUUUUCGAACCCAGCGAAUCACGUUCGAAAGAGCGACAAUUUAAACCACAGAGGAAAUUCAAUGUUACAUCGAGCUCGCCUGAGUAUAAUCAACCAGUUUGUUCAUCGAGUCACAGCAAAAAGCCUCCUGAAAUAAUGGCUCUCCGUGUCACAAGGAACACUCGCCUGGCCAGCAGCGAGAAUCAGAACGCUCUGCCCGGAAAAGCAGCUGUAGCGAACAAGCCCGGACUCAGACCCCGGGCCGCGCUGGGGGAGAUUGGCAACAAUCCGCAGACACGACAGGCUUUGAGGAAGAAGGAGGUGAAGGCUGCACCCAACGCGGAGGUUGUGGCUGAGAAAGCGCCUGUGGUUCAACAGCCCAAGAAAGAGUCUCCUAAAGUUAAGCAUGACAUUCAGAUUUUGUCCGAGCCUUCCUCUCCUGUUCCCAUGGAGACCUCUGGCUGUGCUUCAGAUGAUCUGUGUCAGGCGUUCUCUGACGUUCUGCUUAAUAUCAAGGAUGUGGAUGCAGAUGACUAUGAUAAUCCUAUGCUUUGCAGUGAAUAUGUCAAGGACAUCUAUUUGUAUCUCCGUCAGCUUGAGACCGAGCAAGCUGUUAGGCCGAAAUAUCUGGAAGGAAAGGAAGUCACAGGAAACAUGCGUGCCAUUCUUAUUGACUGGCUUGUGCAAGUCCAAAUUAAGUUCAGGCUACUUCAGGAGACCAUGUACAUGACUGUCGCAAUCAUUGACCGCUUCCUUCAGGAUCAUCCAGUUCCAAAGAAGCAGCUCCAGCUUGUUGGCGUAACAGCCAUGUUUAUUGCCUCAAAGUAUGAAGAGAUGUACCCACCAGAGAUUGCAGACUUUGCCUUUGUGACAGACCGUGCCUAUACCACUGGUCAGAUCCGGGAGAUGGAGAUGAAGAUCCUGAGAGUCCUUGACUUCGGUUUUGGAAGACCUCUGCCACUACAGUUCCUCAGGAGAGCCUCCAAAAUUGGAGAUGUUACUGCAGAGCAUCACACAUUGGCCAAGUACUUCCUGGAGCUUACCAUGGUCGACUAUGACAUGGUCCACUUUCCUCCCUCCCAGGUGGCCAGUGCAGCUUAUGCCCUCACCCUGAAGGUCUUCAGCUGUGGUGAUUGGACGCCUACUCUUCAGCAUUAUAUGGGCUACACGGAAGAUAUGCUGGUUCCCGUGAUGCAACAUAUUGCCAAAAAUGUUGUGAGGGUCAAUGAGGGGCUCUCAAAGCACCUGGCUGUGAAGAACAAGUAUUCCAGUCAGAAACAGAUGAGAAUUGCUUCAAUUUCUCAGCUCAAGUCAUCCUUGAUCAAGGACCUGGCCAAGCAAAUCUCAUAGUGUAGGGUUGUUGAAGAGACUUAAGCACUGUGUGCUGCCUUGUAAAAAUUGUAACUUAUGCAUGCUUUUACUGUUGCAACUUUUAUCGUUUAAGAUGUUUUUACAGGUGUUUUCAUCUGCACUGCCAUUUCCUGAGUAAAGGUGAUCUUUAAAGUUGGAUGAUUCAAAAUGUUUAUGCAACCUUGUACAUUUGAUUUCAAAUAAACAUUUUAACAUUUUAAACUUAA